UUGACAGAUGGGGUUGAUGGGGAUGAUGGGGAUGAUAGGGGUGAUGGGGAUGAAGGGAGUGAUGGAGAUGAUGGAGGUGAUGGGGAUGAAGUGGAUGAAGGGGAGAAUGAUGAAGAUGAUGGAGAUGAUGGGGAUGAUGGGGAUGAUGGGGGUGAUGGGGAUGAAGGGGCUGAUGGAGAUGAUGGGGAUGAUGGGGGUGAUGGGGAUGAAGGGUGUGAUGGAGAUGAUGGAGCUGAUGGGGAUGAAGGGGCUGAUGGAGAUGAUGGAGAUGACGGGAAUGAUGGGGGUGAGGGGGAUGAUGGGGGUGAUGGAGAUGAUGGAGAUGAUGGAGAUAAUGGGGAUGAAGGGGGUAAUGGAAAUGAUGGCGAUGAUGGGUGUGAUGGGGAUGAUGGAGAUGAUGGGGAUGAUGUGGAUGAUGUGGAUGAUGGAGAUGAUAAAGAUGAUGGGGAUGAUGGGUGUGAUGGAGAUGAUGGGGAUGAGGGGGUUGAUGUGGAUGAUGGAGACGAUGGGGAUGAUGUGGAUGAUAGGGAUGAUGGAGUUGAUGGAGAUGAUGGCGAUGAUAGGGGUGAUGGGGAUGAUGGGGAUGACGGGGGUGAUGGGGAUGAUGGGUGUGAUGGGGAUGAUGGAGAUGAUGAGGAUGAUGGGGUGAAUGGGGAUGAUGGGGAUGAUGGGGAUGAUGGGGAUGACGGGGGUGAUGGGGAUGAUGGGUGUGAUGGGGAUGAUGGAGAUGAUGGAGAUGAUGAGGAUGAUGGGGUGUAUGGGGAUGAUGGGGAUGAUGGGGAUGAUGGGGUUGAUGGGGAUGAUGAGGGUGAUGGGGGUGAAGGGGAUGAUGAGGAUGAUGGGGUGAAUGGGGAUGAUGGGGAUGAUAGGGAUGAUGGGGAUGACGGGGGUGAUGGGGAUGAUGGGUGUGAUGGGGAUGAUGGAGAUGAUGGAGAUGAUGAGGAUGAUGGGGUGUAUGGGGAUGAUGGGGUUGAUGGGGAUAAAGAGGGUUAUGUGGGUGAUGUGGAUGAUGGGGAUGAUGGAGAUGAUGGAGAUGAUGGGGGUGAUGGGGAUGAAGGGGCUCAUGGAGAUGAUGGAGUUGAUGGAGAUGAUAGGGAUGAUGGAGAUGAUGGGGAUGAUGGGGGUGAUGGGGAUAAAGGGGAUGAUGGGGAUGAUGGAUAUGAUGGGGGUGAUGGGAAAGAUAGGGAUGAUGGGGUUGAUGGUGAUAAAGAGGGUUAUGGGGGUGAUGUGGAUGAUGGGGAUGAUGGAGAUGAUGGGGAUUAUGGGGAUGAUGGAGAUGAUGGGGAUGAUGGAGAUGAUGGGGAUGAUGUGGAUGAUGUGGAUGAUGGAGAUGAUAAAGAUGAUAAAGAUGAUGGGGAUGAUGGGUGUGAUGGAGAUGAUGGGGAUGAGGGGGAUGAUGUGGAUGUUGGAGAAGAUGUGGAUGAUUGGGGUGAUGGGGUUGAUUUGGAUGAUGGGGGUGAUGGAGAUGAUGAUGAUGGGGAUGAGGGGAAUGAUGUGGAUGAUGAGGAUGAUGGAUGUGAUGAGAUGAUGGAGAUUAUGGGGAUGAAUGGUGUGAUGGGGAUGAUGGAGAUGAUGGUGAUGAUGGGCAUGAAUGGGGAGAUGGGGGAUGAUGUGGAUGAUGGAGAUUAUGGAGAUGAUGGGGAUGAUGGAGAUGAUGGGGAUGAAGGGGGUAAUGGGGGUGAUGGCGAUGAUGGGGAUGACGGGGGUGAUGUGGAUGAUGUGGAUGAUGGAGGAGAUGUGGAUGAUUGGGGUGAUGGGGAUGAUGGGGUUAAUGAUGAGGGGAAUGAUGUGUCUGAUGAGGAUGAUGGGUGUGAUGAGGAUGAUGGAGAUGAUGGAGAUGAUGGGGUGAUGGGGAUGAUGGGGGUGAUGUGGAUGAUGGAGAUGAUGGAGAUGAUUGGGAUGAUGGGGAUGAUGGGGGUGAUGGGGAUGAUGGAGAUGAUGGAGAUGGUGACGGUAAUGGCAUAUUUGGAUGAUAGGGGUGAUGGGGAUGAAGAGGGUGAUGGGGAUGAAGGGGGUGAAGGAGAUGAUGGAGAUGACGGGGUUGAUGGGGGUGAUGGGGAUGAUGGGGGUGAUGGAGGUGAUGGAGAUGAUGGAGAUGAUAGAGAUGAUGGGGAUGAAGGGGACGAUGGGGAUGAUGUGGAUGAUGUGGAUGAUGGAGAUGAUGGAGAUGAUCGAGCUGAUGGAGAUGAUGAGGAUGAUGGGGUGUAUGGGUAUGAUGGGCAUGAUGGGGGUGAUGGGGAUGAUGGGGGUGAUGUGGAUGUUGGGGGUGAUGGGGAUAAACCGUGUGAUGGGGAUGAUGUGGAUGAUGUGGAUGAUGGAGAUGAUAAAGAUGAUGGGGAUGAUGGGUGUGAUGGAGAUGAUGGGGAUGAGGGGGGUGAUGUGGAUGAUGGAGACGAUGGGGAUGAUGUGGAUGAUGGGGAUGAUGGAGGAGAUGUGGAUGAAGGGGGUAAUGGGGGUGAUGGAGAUGAUGGGGAUGACGGGGGUGAUGGGGAUGAUGGGGAUGAUGGAGGAGAUGUGGAUGAUUGGGGUGAUGGGGAUGAUGGGGUUGAUGAUGAGGGGAAUGAUGUGUCUGAUGAGGAUGAUGGGUGUGAUGAGGAUGAUGGAGAUGAUGGAGAUAAUGGGGUGAUGGGGAUGAUGGGGGUGAUAAGGAUGAUGGAGAUGCUGGAGAUGAUGGAGAUGUUUGGGAUGAUGGGGAUGAUGGGGGUGAUGGGGAUGAUGGAGAUGAUGGAGAUG